ACCGCAGCCCCUUCUCAUUUCCAGCCCCGCAGGUCUCCAUUUUCUUAUUUCCCGAUAUUCUGUAGCGGAGGAGUGAAGACUUGGAAAAAUGAAUGAAGAUUACGACGUUAUCGUCCUGGGCACCGGGCUUACGGAAUGCAUUUUAUCAGGAAUCAUGUCGGUGAAGGGGAAGAAGGUUCUGCACAUGGACCGCAACUCCUACUACGGAGCUGAGAGUGCCUCCAUCACGCCUCUUGAAGAUCUCUACAAGCGCUUCAGCCUUCCGGGCAAACCUUGUGAGUCAAUGGGAAAAGGCCGUGAUUGGAACGUGGACCUCAUCCCUAAAUUCCUUAUGGCCAAUGGUCAGCUGGUGCGCAUGCUCCUGAUCACAAAGGUGACCCAGUACCUGGAUUUCAAAGUGAUUGAGGGCAGCUUUGUGUACAAGGGGGGCAAAAUCCAUAAAGUCCCCUCUACUGAGACCGAGGCUCUGUCAUCUAGUCUGAUGGGGUUGUUUGAGAAACGGCGCUUCAAAAACUUUCUCCAAUUCAUCUCCAAUUACGACGAGUCCAACCCCAAAACCAUGGAAGAGGUGGACCCCCAUAAGACGACCAUGAGGGCCAUUUUCCAGAAGUUCAAACUGGGCCAGGAGGUCAUGGACUUCACCGGCCACUCCCUCGCCCUCUACCGCACAGACGAUUACCUGGAUCAACCCUGCAUUGAGACGAUAAACAGGAUCAAGCUCUACAGUGAGUCUCUGGCCAGAUAUGGCAAGAGCCCGUACCUCUACCCACUGUACGGCCUCGGAGAACUGCCACAAGGGUUCGCCAGGCUGAGCGCUAUCUACGGUGGGACGUACAUGUUGAACAAGCCCAUCGACGAGAUCGUGGUGGAGGAUGGGAAGGUGGUGGGAGUCAAGUCCGAGGGAGAGAUUGCCAGGUGCAAGCAGCUGAUCUGCGACCCCAGCUACUUCAUGGAUCGCGCUACCAAAGUGGGCCAGGUGAUCCGAGUCAUCUGCAUCUUGAGUCACCCGGUCGCCAACACUGGUGACAUCAACUCUUGCCAGAUCAUCAUCCCCCAGAACCAGGUCAACAGGAAGCACGACAUCUACGUUUGUAUGAUCUCCUUUGCUCACAACGUGGCAGCACAAGGCAAAUACAUCGCCAUCGUCAGCACCACAGUGGAGACAACCGACCCAGAGAAAGAGAUCAAGCCGGCCCUGGACCUACUGACGCCCAUCGAACAGAAGUUCGUCAGCAUUAGUGACCAGUAUGAACCCACUGACAUGGGCACCGAGAGCCAGAUCUUCAUCUCCCGCACAUACGAUGCCACGACCCACUUCGAGACCACCUGCGACGACAUCCAGGACAUCUACCGGAGGAUGACGGGCUCAGACUUUGACUUUGCCGAGAUGGAGCGGAAGAAGCAGGACACCUUCGGCGACGCCUGCGAAUAGAGGCGGGGCGGCCGCUACAAUCCUGAUUAUCAAAGACAACGACGCCAACAACUGAAAUCUUACAAAAAAUAGUAAAAAAAAAAACUACACAAAAAUGUACACACCAAUGGGCUGGCUGGUCAUCCGAGUAAACGGUUCUGCCCAUUGAGGAAGUUCAUGAUAUAUAGAGAUAUGAUAUAGUAUUGUUGGAUAGUGUUCAGGGAGGGAGAUAUGCUUUUUAAACCCACACUCUGAUGGAUGUUGCACUAAACACUGGUUAUGCCUAAUAUACAGUUAUACCCUACAUUCUUCUGCCGCAUCAUGUUGAGAUGAUGCAUAGUCCAAAGAUGCCAAAUCAAAUGAUAAUUCAUAAUACUAUCUUACAAAGUGGGCAUACGUGUCAGCGGGGUGGGUUGGGGUGCCCAAUUGUUCUGUCAUUGUAUAAAAGGCGUUUGGAAGAUAAAUAAUAUCUAUUCAUCACUUAUUGGUCUCUGCAAGUAUUCUUUCAUGUCAGGGUGAGAGAGAGAGAAGCGGCUUGGCUUCGUGCGUCCGAGUUAAAUCAUGCAAGCAGCGAGGCGUUCAAGCAACAGCAGGCAGCCGCUCAUGGCGGUACCUCAGCCGACAGCUUCCAUAGUCAGCCGUUAACGUAGGUAAGGGGUGUGAGGGCUUGAUAUUAUUAUGUGUAUUUGUUUUUUUUAACCCCUUUCCUGUCUGAUCUCCAGCAAAGCAAGACACAUCCUAUAAACCAAGCCACACAAGGGCAACUGUAGUCCAGCAUAAACUACCCAAACCUGUUUCUCCAAACAUCUUGAGUUAAUAUAAUGCAUCAGAGAUCUAUUAGUUCCUGUUCUUGUAUCAUGCAAAGUGAUGGAAGAUCUGAGCAUUAACAGCAGAUUGUUGGGAAGUGUAACUGUAACUGCUUAAGAAGGACCAAAAUGUGUACUGCAGCAGUAUUGAAUUGAUGAGAGCCCUUUUGGUAUCUUCUGUCUUGAACAACUUAAAAAAAACAAAACAUCUUGGGCUCAAAUGAUUUCUAUACUGCAAAGUAAAAACAACUUUGUCAAAAACUGAA